GGGGGCGAGGGGGGUUUGUAGGGUGAGACAUUUGGCGUGACACAGUCACAAAGAGCGGUCCUAGUGUCCUCCACAUGGUCCUAGUGCCCUCCAUGUACCCUAACCGCCAUUAAACAAACAAAAAAGAAGAACGACGAAGCCAACUUGGAAGUGGUCCAUUGAAAGGUUGCUAGCGCGACCUCCUGUACUGUAGAAUGUAGUAUGGACCAUAGGACAGGACGAAGAAGUCCCGUUAAGAAGCUGUGGAGGCCUAAGAUGCUCUACUAGUCUGCUGGAAAUCCAAAGAAGACGAAGGAGUAAAAAGCAAAAUGGCGUUUGACAGAGAAGGCCUAAACGUGGCCACUGGCCAUUAUUGUUUCUCUAUUUGUAUUUAGUGCAUACAUGUACGCAUAUAUGUCGUGUAGUAGAUGAAACAUUGUUAGUCAUUGUUUGUGUCCGGAUACAUUAGUCUGAGCGCACUUUAUGUGCUAGCUUAGCUUGCUAGUUAGCUUAGCUUGUUAGCUGCUAACAAAGAGACGCGGACGUUAUCAACACAUCGCUAAGUAGAGAUCAAAUGUGAGUGUAAAGUGUUGUGAUUGUGUGAAAAUGUGCGAAAGAACGAUAGCAAAGUAUGAGGAGGAACUUUGUCCAACAAAAGAGGAGAAGGAGCGACAACAUCAACUUAUGGACGCUGUUUUCAAGAAACAUCAAGUUGUGUUACACAGAACAGACGUCCAGCAGCGCCCCCACAUUAAAGAGGAAGAGGAGGAUCCACAGCCGCCCCACAUUAAAGAGGAAGAGGAGGAAGUGUGGAUCACUCAGGAGGAAGAGUCUCUUCUAGGGCAGGAGGAGGCUGAUCUCAGCAUGUUUCCACUGACUGUUGUCUCUGUGAAGACUGAAGAGCAUGAAGACAAACCACCUGAGUCCUCACAGCUUCAUCACAGUCCAAACGUCUGUGAAGAACAACUUCUGCCUGAAAAACAGGAGUGUAGCUUCAGGAUGGUGAAGGAGGAUCCAUCAAAGAGGAAGACCAGACGCCACGGACCCUCUGGCGUCUCCUUUUCCUCUUUGACACAGACCCUUCCCUGUAAAAAGGAAGAGGAAGACUCACUGACCCCCCACAUUAAAAAGGAAGAGGAGGAACACAGCAUCAGUCAGGAGGGAGAUCAUUUUGAAGGACUGGUGGAGUUCCCAGUGACUGGUGUCCCUGUGAAGAGUGAAGAUGAUGAGGUCAAAGGUGAAAGUGAGGAGAAGAGAGAGGAGGAGCCUCCAAGCAGCAGCUCAACACAACACAUGACAACAGAAGCUGAUGGAGACCACUGUGGAGGAUCACAAGCAGACAAGCUCUUAGCUCCACUAUCAGAUAGUGAGGACACAACGUCAUACUCUUCUGACACUGAUGAUGAAGACUCUAAAGAUGAUAAGACAUGUCACACUGACAACACUCACUUGAAAUGUUCUCACUGUGACAAAACCUUUAAAUACCACUGUCAUCUGAAAACACACAUGAGAACACACACUGGAGAAAAACCUUUUACCUGUUCACUCUGUAGUAAAGGUUUUGUACACAGUCACCAUUUGAAAGCACACAUGAGAAGACACACUGGAGAAAAACCUUUUAUCUGUUCAAUCUGCAGUAAAGGUUUUGUAGAAAGUGGCAAUUUGAAAGUACACAUGAGAACACACACUGGUGAAAAACCCUUUUCCUGUUCAAUCUGUGGUAAAGGUUUUGUAGAAAGUAGCAAUUUGAAAGUACACAUGAGAACACACACUGGUGACAAACCCUUUUCCUGUUCAAUCUGUGGUAAAGGUUUUAAAGACAGUUUAUAUUUGAAAGUACACAUGAGAACACACACUGGAGAAAAAUCUUUUAUCUGUUCAAUCUGUAGUAAAGGUUUUGUAGAAAGUAGCAAUUUGAAAGUACACAUGAGAACACACACUGGCGAAAAACCUUUUUCCUGUUCAAUCUGUGGUAAAGGUUUUGUAGGAGGUAGCAAUAUGAAAGUACACAUGAGAACACACACUGGCGAAAAACCUUUUUCCUGUUCAAUCUGUGGUAAAGGUUUUGUACAAAAUGACACUUUGAAAAUACACAUGAGAACACACACUGGUGAAAAACCUUUUUUUUGUUCAAUCUGUGGUAAAGGUUUUGUAGAUGGUGGCAAAUUGAAAGUACACAUGAGAACACACACUGGUGAAAAACCUUUUUCCUGUUCAAUCUGUGGUAAAGUUUUUGUAGAAAGUGGCAAAUUGAAAAUACACAUGAGAUCACACACUGGUGAAAAACCAUUUACUUGUUCAAUUUGUGGUAAAGGUUUUGUACAAAGUUGCAAAUUGAAAUUACACAUGAGAACACACACUGGUGAAAAACCUUUUUCUUGUUCAAUCUGUGACUUAUCUUUUUCAUUGAAGGAUAAUUUAAAAAGACACAUGAGAACGCACACUGUUGAACAACCUUUUUCCUGUUGAGUCUGUGGUAAGGGUUUGACGAAUAGUGUCAAUAUGAAAACACGCAAGAGAACACACACUGGCAAAAAAAACACAUUCAUGUUCAAUCUGAAACAGAAGCUUUUGUAACACACACAGGAGAGAAAGUGUUGAGUUGCAGUGUGUGUGGUGAAAGAUUCUCUUUUAAGUACCAGUGUAAGAAACACAAGUGUGCUGGUGAGAACAGCAGCAGCAAAUGAAACUGCAGGAUUUGAAAUCAACUGUCAAGACUUUAAUUUGGACUUUGUAACAACAUCAGCACAUAUAACAUGUGUGACAUUGUUGUUUGUGUAACAUUUUUUUUUAUAUGCUUCUACAUUUAUAGAUUAGAUUUUUUAUAUUAGGGCUUUGUUCAGUCAAGUACAUGCAUAAAUAUGCAACAUUGUGUAUUUUUAUUAAAGUUUGAACAAAACAAUUUGACUGAAAAGGUGAGAGUAAACUGUACAAGACAUAUUUUACAUACAAUAAACAUUUUAUGUUUAUAUAUAUUCAUCAGACAAUUUUAGACUUGUUCAUAAUUGUGUUUUUAUAGGUGUUUGAAAUAUUGAAGUGUUACAUAGUUUUAUUUCUAAUUAUUAAUGAUCCCAUAGAUUAGCACCUUUAUAUGAUAUACAUAUGUACUGGUUCACAUCUGAAACAUCUUCUGGACCACUUCAGGAAACAUAUUAUUAUUUACUUUAUACAUCAUCUGAAUCAGUCUUUUAUACAAUUUUAAAAUGUGUGACUUUAUGAAUUAUUUGUUGGGUCUCUAUAAUCCAUUUAGUAAUGAUCUUUAUUACUCUUUUGUAAUAUGAUGAUUGUGUUGUGAUUGUUUUAUAUGUAU